AUGGUGAUCUCCUUGGUGAACUGGCAGAACGCAACGCAGCAGGAGCAGUUCACGGCGCGGCUCGGCACACUUAUGGGCAAGGUCACUGAGAGGGCGGCGUACGCAUCCCUGUGGAUGUUCGCGGUCAGCUUGGCCACGGUGACACCCUUCGUGAACAUCUACAGCAAGGCGCAGUGCACGCGGGGCCUCUCAGGCGACGACUGCAACCGCUGA